CUUCUUGUCCACAUCCCCAGCGUAGCAUACUGAUCACAAUACCGAGGCUAACUGUGUCUGGGCCAAGAUUUGAAACAUAGUUUCGAAGUCGAGGAAGCGCCCUACUCGGAACUUUAGUUUACCUUGGGCCGAAACUAAUACUCAUUUAGUGUGGACGCCGAAGGGAGUGGGAAGCUGGAGUUUAAGUAUAGCUGGGGACCCGCAUGGUGCUCGACAUUCCACAUAACACUGGAUCAUUGAGAAGGAAAUGGACCCUUCUGAACUUUGCUAGUUCACUACCAUGUCCACUGCAACCAAUGUGACUCUCCCCGGGUACCAUUCACCAACGUAUACCGCUACUCCUCAGGCUCACGAAUACCGUUUAGCUUACAAUGCGCGUCUAAACCCGAACCGGUCGCCGCGUGAAUUUGUAAAGCAAUCUAGAAAUGGUGGCGUGAGUCUUCGUCUUGUCGGCCAAGAUGACCAAGUCACGCUUCCUGUCUAUGGUUAUGGCGCCAGCGUGGAGGGUACCCUCGACAUUCACAAACGAGAUGGUAUCACCAGCGUUGAAGUUCAAAUUGAAGGUACCCUCAUGAUGGAGGAAUUGGCUGAAAGCGGGACGACAAACUGCAAAUUGUUUUUCAACAAGACAAUUCUGUGGGUCAAGGACAGAAUUUACGAAGCGCCAUGCCCGCGUUCACUCCCAUUCAGUUUCCUUCUUCCAACCACCUUUUCGGACGGCGGAAAAACUUAUCCCCUCCCACCAAGCCACGAGGCCCACCUAUCUGGCCUCCCUGGAUUUCGGGCGAGGAUUAAUUAUAGCAUUAGCGCUAUUGCCGUGAAACCAAACAUCAUACCGCAUGCAGUUAAGUCGACCUUAUUGGGGGGUGGAGAUUGGUCAGUCUCCACUCCGUUUGAGUACCUUCCUCGCACUCGUCCAUCUUCCCCAUUACCGCCACCUCUAGUACCUGGUCAAUGGGGAAUAGUCGAGAACUCGCAAUGGAAGGUCUUUCCGACACUGAUUCACGCGAAUCAGGGAGCACACGACAUUAUGGUAAAGUUAUAUCUCCCAGCUAGUCGAACAUUCUGCACACAAGAGUCCAUUCCUUUCCACAUCAUGUUUUCAUCUUCGGCAACGUCUCUUGCUGCGUUUAUGCCUUUUGGACCGGUGGUAAUCGCGUCUCUGAAAACGCAGCACACAAAAAUACAGUUGUUGAGGCAGACGACUGUUGACGUUCGUAAUGCUUUGAUACUUGGUACUCGCACCGACAUUUGGAGAGUUGAUUGUAUCGGCGAAGGUGCCUUCAGACACGCAGGUGACGGUGGUGCUCACUGGACUGCAUUCUCAGGAGAUAUUUAUAUCAGUCCUGACAUCAAGGUCGGAGGCUUCAGGGCGGGUGGUUUUUCCAUCAAGGAUUGUAUAGUCCUGACCAUGACCCCGCCUGAUCUCUCCAAAUCGCCUUUCAAGGAACUGCGACUCACAGUUCCUGUCCAACUUGCAACGGAUCCCUACCCAAGAGAUGGAUCUGGUAUCGGAUUCAGCGAACAACUUGAGGCUGGUCCUCCAUCGAUACCUUCCUCAGAUGAAUUUGGGGCUCCUUCAGAAUCCAGUUACGGCUCAUGAUAUCAUGAAUGACUAUGAUUUGUCGUUUACAUAUAGACUAUCGACGCUAUCGCAAGCCAAGUGUCUUGUCAUUCUUGCGUCAUACACUCUGUACACACGUACGUACGCGUUCUUGAUGAUCCACAUGUACGUCGUGACCCGGUGUUGGUUUCCUCACAUUUGCACAAUUGAGUUCACUUGCAAGUGUGGCAUAGGUCGAAACCUUGAGUGGCAUGCCGCAUCAAGAGGACCGAAAGCUGUGAUCGUGAGCGAGCUGGCCUGGACUUUCACUGGAACCUGUCA